CAGGGGAAAAAAAUGGUCAAAAAUGUACAACUCGGUCUCCGGCUCCUGGUAGUUACAGAAAGAGGGAUAAAGGCUGAGAAAGAGAGAGAGGGAUCCGGCACAAGAUGGAAUAAUGUGACAAACGGUCUCUUGUGGAUGAUUUAGGGUGUGUUUGAGCCGUUAUGGUGGCACGGACGCGUUUUGUUUCGGCCAGGGAUUGAUUUUUUUGUUUUAUGAAUGAGUAUUUUGCCGCGGGCCUCGGACAUCUGAUUCAUUUUCAUAACCCGAUUAAUCAGUUCCGUUUUUGAUUUGUGUAUUCGCGAGAUGAAGAGGGUGAAUAGUCUCCAGAGGUUUAUGAACACCCGGGCGGCUGCAAACUGCCGUUACCAGCCCACAUGUUACGAGCACGCGGCCAACUGCUACACCCAUGCGUUCCUGAUCGUGCCGGCGUUCGUGGGAAUGGCCCUGUUACACCGGCUCUCGGACGACCGCUGGGAGCGGAUCACGGCCUGGGUCUACGGCAUGGGUCUGAUCGCACUCUUCCUCGUCUCCACCGUCUUUCACAUCAUCUCCUGGAAAAAGAGCCACAUGAGGAGCAUGGAGCACUGCUUCCACAUGUGUGAUCGAGUCGUCAUUUACUUCUUCAUCGCUGCCUCUUACACACCAUGGCUGAAUCUGCGUGAGCUCGGGCCGCUCGCUGCUCACAUGCGCUGGUUUGUGUGGUUGAUGGCGGCCGCCGGGACAAUCUAUGUGUUUAACUACCACGAAAAGUAUAAGUUAGUGGAGUUGGCGUUUUACUUGACCAUGGGCUUCUUUCCUGCGCUGGUGGUGACAUCGAUGAGUAACACCGACGGGCUGUACGAGCUGGCGUUCGGGGGCUUCGUCUACUGCCUGGGGGUCGUCUUCUUCAAAUCCGACGGCGUGAUUCCCUUCGCUCACGCCAUCUGGCACGUGUUCGUGGCGCUGGCGGCCGCCAUCCACUACUACGCCAUCUGGAAGUACCUGUACCGAAGCCCCACGCUGGAGGACAUCAGGGACGUGUGAGCCUCAGCGCGACACACAUCGAUCGCCCGCGCUCCAAACGCCAUCGUUUACCUGUACGACCACGCAAUGUUUACUGUUUUCUAACCGAUUGUGAUCGCAGUAUCGAGUGCUCAUUGGCCACAGCUACAUCGUCAGUAUUAUGUAAAUAUAUUCCACUGAAAGCAGAUGAAUUGUGAUGAUUUUCCCGUGCAAUCAUUUCUGACACACACACACACUCAGUGGUUGAUUCAUGUCAUCUGUAGUGAAUUAGUUUACUUUAUUCUUGCGACUUUCUCUAUCAGAUCUAUUUUUGCAUAUCAACUUCCUUCAGACGUACAGCUAGUUUGUUUUCUACGAGCACUGGUGGUUUUCUACGCCCUCGCCGUGUUUCUGCUCUUUCAGCGGGAUUUGAACGAUUUUUCUAACUGGAAGAACCACUUCUGUUUGAUAUGCCAUCAUCACACCGGAGAUAUUGUCGUCGAGAGGCUGAUGGGAAGAUGGCGGACACGACCAGGUGUUCUCCACCGCCUGAAAGAUGUUUCUCGAAUCCAGCACAGUUUCACAUGGAUAUUUGACGGAGAAACGGUAAGCGAGGACGAGCCGAAUGGAUCCCUGCUGGUUGUGACUUUGACGAUAGAACGAUUUCCACUGUCUGUUGUGA